AUGGCGAAGAUUCCACGCAAUUUUCGUCUUUUGGAGGAGCUUGAGAAAGGGGAGAAAGGCCAGGGAGCUGAAGCUUGCUCCUACGGUCUCGCUGAUGGAGAUGAUUUGAUGAUGACCAAUUGGAAUGGCACCAUUCUCGGCCCUCCCCAUAGCGUCCAUGAGAAUCGAAUAUAUAGUGUCAAUAUUCACUGUGGAGACGACUAUCCAGAUAAACCACCAACUCUACAAUUCGUAUCCAAGAUAAACCUCCCUUGCGUUGAUCCUCGGAACGGAGUGGUCGACCUCGGGAAAUUACCAACCCUGGCAAUUUGGAAACGGGAUUAUACCAUGGAGACCAUCUUACUAGAACUUCGGAGAUUCAUGUCACUACCUCAACAUAAGAAGCUUCCUCAGCCGCCUGAAGGUUCAACCUUUUGA